AUGGAAAACUCUCUUCUGUAGGAUUCUUUAGAGUUUUACUGGAUUAGUGGUAACGAAGAAAAUAAACUUCAUUUACCUGAUAAUGAAGUAUGUCUAUUGUCUUCUAAAUUUAAAAAGAGAAUAGGUGACUCACAAUAGUAUGAAGAGUGUGAGCUUAAGCUCUAUGGCAAAAGACUUUAUCUUAUAUAACGAAAUCAAGUUAUAGCAUUUUUGAAAUUUUGUUUCGAAAUGACAUUUGAGCUAGUCAUAGACGGUGAUAAAGAUCAUGAGCUAGAGAAUAUUAAAUAACAUAAUUUCAAGUCAUUAAAAAUCGAAAAAGACAUGUGCGAUUGUGAAUUUAUAAAUGAAGAUAAGAAGGUUUAUGUAGAAUGGUAAAGCAAGCUCUCUGAAAAAAUAACUUAAAAAAACUUCUAUGCUUAUUAUGAUGUAAAGAGGGUAAUUGGCAGUGGAGCAUAUGCAAGUGUUGUUAUAGCAGAAAAAAAAAUUGAUGGAAGUCUAUUUGCAGUAAAGAGUUUAAGCAAAGCUCAUAUAUAUUAAACAACAGAUGGAAAGGCAGAAAUAGAAAAUGAAUUGGCACUUAUGAGACUUGUCCGCCACAAAAAUGUUAUGAGAUUAUUUGAAGUCUUUGAUGCAGAUAGCUCCAUAAAGAUUGUAUUAGAGCUUGUUGAAGGUGGAUAACUUUUUGAUCUAAUGAAGAAAAACCCAAAUUUAACAUGGUUUGAAAUUGGAUUAAUAAUGAAAUAGAUUCUUUCAGGUCUUGAAGCUCUUCACAGCUAGAAUAUUAUGCACAGAGAUUUAAAACCAGAAAAUAUUCUAAUGAGAAGCAAAGAAAGCUUAGAUUUAGUAAUAGGAGACUUUGGAUUAGCUUAAAAAGCAGAUGCUAAAAAAUAUCUAUACUUAAAAUGUGGAACUCCAGGUUAUGUUGCUCCAGAAGUCAUUAAUCUCAAAGAAGAGUAAACUCAAUAUGAUACUCAGUGUGAUAUUUUUUCUGCUGGCGCUAUAUUUUAUAAAUUAUGUGUUCACAAACCAUUGUUUUAAGGAGUUACUCAUGCAGAGGUGCUUUAGGAAAAUAAGUCAGUAAACUUUAAUUUAAAUUGCUAGGAUGUUAAAGAUCUUCCUCCACUUGCUUAAGAUUUGCUUAAAUAGCUUCUAAAGUGUGAUCCUAAGUAAAGAAUUACAGCAACAGAAGCUUUAAAGCAUAAAUUCUUCAAAGAUGUUACUGAAAAGGAAGGUGAAAGACAUAAAUCUCCAUUUAAAGGAGACGUUGAAAAAAUGAGGCACUUAAUCAAAUAAGAAAAGAAGAGAAAUGAAGAAAUGCCUGAAAAUUCACCCUUGAAGAUGAAAUAGCCACUGAUUACUGGUAAAACAAAACCAAUUCAACCACACUCAUCUGUUACAAAGAGAGGUUCCUUUAUUUAAGUCUAGUCUUCUUCAAAUAAUUCAUCUAGAAGAUCCUCAAAAAAUUCAAAUUUGGGAUUAGGCUCGAAUCAAAAGAAGGCAUCUUUAGAUUCUAUAGAAGAAGGAGAUGAAGAUUAAAAGAAAGAACUCGGUUCUGGUAUUAAAUAAAUUGAUAACAAACGAAGAAAUCUCAUUCCAACAUUGAAUUCAUUAAAAUAAUAACCAACUGAUGGAAUAAAGCUAAAUAGAGCAGCAUUUAGAAGAGCCACAGUUGAGCCUUAAAGUGACACUACUAUUAAGGGUUUAGAGGUAAAAGAUCCUAUUACUCCAGUUUAGCAACCUAGAUAGAGAGGGAGUGUCAAGUCAAUUACAAAUUUUAUUGGAAAAAAAUGA